CCUCCUUCCUCUCUCGAGCUUAACCCAAUAGAACAAUUCUGGGCAGUGGCAAAGAGCAAGGUUAAGCGCCAUAGGUUUUUACAGGAGGACACUUUAUCAAAAAGAAUUACGAAAGCCUGCAAAAGUUUGGAAAAAAGUUACUUCAAAGGGUUCGUUUCGCAUUCUUACAAGUGCUGGGAUAAAUGUCGCAAUAAAGAGUACAUGUAA